AUGUACCAGGGUUUUCCAUUGUGCCAUAUACAGAGGCCAGCGCAUAGCGUCUCAGGCUUCUAUUUCCGAGCCUCGGGUUGCAAAGCGACCGAUGGCUACUAUGGUUACGCCAAUAUUGCUUUAAGAUCUACCAGAUCCACUGUAAUGUCUGCUUCGACCUGCGAAUAUUUUCAGCGACAAUAUUCUACAGUCUGCCCUACAUUGUCCCUGGGCGCCCUUAAUGAGCCGUAUCGCGUCAUUUUACGCCAUAACCACGAAUUAAUGGUAAUUUUAAACAAACGAGAUUUCCUUCGGACCGGUAAGAGUAAGGACAGAUAA